AUGAUCCAUUCGGUUCUCAUAUUUAAUCACGAUGGUGUGCCGCGCUUGAUGAAAUUCUACACACCAGUGGACAUACCUACUCAACGUGCACUUCUCCAACAAGUAUACCAGCUAAUAUCGGUAAGAACUGCUCAAGAGUGCUCAUUUAUCACGCCUCCAAAGCUCUUGGAGGAUAUUGAAGAGAUCAAGGUCAUCUACAGACACUACGCGACUCUAUAUUUUGUAUUCAUUGUCGACGACCAGGAGCUGGAACUUGGCAUUCUCGACUUGAUCCAGGUAUUUGUGGAAUGCUUAGACAAAUGUUUUACCAAUGUGUGUGAGUUGGACUUGGUCUUUGGAUGGCAAGUGCUCCAGACUGUGUUAGAGGAGAUUGUCCAGGGAGGAAUGGUGAUCGAUACCAAUAUUCUGAGGAUCGUUGCUGCAGUGGACGAUGCCAAUAGUCAGAAGACGGCGGGGUCAUCUGGAGGAAAUAGCUGGCUUCUGGGACUUGACAAUGGGUUCCGAUGGAGGAGAUGA